UUAACCGAAGGCGGCGGCGUGGGUGGGUGCGCGGUCGAAAUGGAUGGAGUUUUUACGCAGAAUUUGGAUUCAUGGAACGAGUCUGUGCUGAAAGGUCAUAAUUUAACUCCUGCUGGAAGCUCAAAACCUGAAGAAAAUAGUGUAUCAUGUGAACUGGAAUUGCCAGAAUCCCCAACCUCUGAAUCAAGCUGCAAGAAACGCUGCACAGAUGCUUUGCUUCACAGCAGCUUGGAACGAAUGAGAAGGGAGCGCAUUAAGGAUUGUUGUGACCAGUUACGAGUGCUUUUGCCAUAUGUGAAAGGAAGAAGAACUGAUGUGGCCUCUGUACUGGAGAUGACCGUGGAAUAUAUGAGAUACAUUUAUGGUAAAAUACCGAACAACGUUAUGUCACAGAUUGUUGAAGUCUUUCAGACAAAUUCAAGAUAUUGUAAAUAUGCAUGGAAGGCAGAUAAUCACAAGUAUCACCAAAACCAGUUAACACAGAGGAGGAAUGUUUUUACCAGUAAUUCACCUUCAGAAAAAAUAAAACCAAAAAUUCAGUAUACUGCACACCGAUUCACAGGAAAUGAAUAUUUCAACAAUCAUAAAACAGAUGCUGCAAGCAUCAUGAAUGGCACUUCUGUAUAUCCAAGGGCUGCUUUAGAGUCCAAUCAGUAUUACGCUCCUGCCACCAAACAGUUAGUUCCACAACCUCAAACAAGUUUGCCUCCAAAUAUUCCUCCUUCCUCAGUCAUUUCUAUUCCAUAUGAUCAAAAUAUUUGCAUCACUAACCUGGCGAAUAACUCAAUUUUCCUUUCAACUGAUAGCACUAAUGGUUCCGUUCUAAUGUUUACACCUUGGGCCUCUGAUGUACCUAGCCCUGCCAUUGCACCUUCACCUCCACCAUUUUCCAGUGACUAUCUGAGUUCUCUUCCGUCAUUUCAUCCAGGAUAUUCUGUCAACCCUUGCUCUGUAAUUUCUACUUCUGUUACACAAACUGUGAACACAUCUUCUUCCCCAGCAAUGACAUUCAGUAGCAUAGGUUAUGUACCAAUGAAUUACCCAGCAAAGCCACCCACAACUGCGUGCACAACCAAUGGGAAAGAACCCGGAACAGAAGGAAGAGAAAAUGUUCGCAACAUCAUUGAUUAGAUCAGCUCUGCAAGAUUCUUAAACUGGAAUUUCCACCACAGAGAGGCACAUUAAUUUGCUGACAAAAAAACUUUGUAUUGAAUUUUGUGAUGGAUUGAAAUUAAAACCAUUAUUAAAUGCAUCUGGUGAAAUUAUAUUAAUAUGUACUAGUGAAGGGUAAACGAGUAACUUCUCAAGUACUGAAUGUGGUCUUGAGUCCAUGAAAGUAAUUUUAUCUAACCCCACCUAACAAGAAUAUGCCAGUUUCAGGUAAGCCCAUUGUGCAUGUCUUAUUUUGUACUAUAUUGAAUUCACAUAAUAAUCAGGCAACAAUUUGAAACAGCUUUGUUUCUGCUGGAUGAGUUAAAAUAACUGGUCCUUUGAAAGUAUUAAAUUAGCAUAAAAAUACUCUGUCAAAAUAACUGUCAAAACUAAGUUUAAAAAAUUGUGAUUUUUGGAAAAAUGUCAGAAUUGUAAAUGAAUAUUACUACAAAGGAUUUUUUAAGUUUGAUUUGAGAUUGUGAUAUUUCUAAAACACUGGGUUCAGCUUUGCUAAGUUAAUUUCUUCCAAUUGUACUAACAAACAAUACUGUCUAGUAUUGAGAUUGUCAUCACCUAUGUUAUCAGCAUGUCUUCCUGAACUGCUGUUCAAUAAAGUAUUAUAAAAUUGCAUGGCAAAUACAAUGAUAAAGAUGGCCUAACCAGCACUGUAAUGAACUUGCAACACUUAUGUCUUUAUGCUGAAACAAUUAACAUUUUACCAUGGUGUAAUGCGCUAGCAAUUUAAAAAGUGUAAUUCUAACCCUGAUUUUUUUUAUCAAUUCAAAUAUACAGUAUAUAGUUAGCCUUAACGCCACAGUAGCAUUGCGGUUAGCACAAUACUAUUACCGUUUGGGGCAUUGCUGAGUUUGUUAUUCAGUUCCAGCACUGUCUGUGAGAAGUUUGUAUGUUCUCCCCGUAAACCGCAUGGAUUGCCUCUGGCUGCUGUUUCCUCCCACAGUCCAGAGAUGUACCAGCUAGUAGGUUUGUUCGUCUUUGUAAAUAGUCCUGUGAUUAGGCUAGGGUUAUGUAUCCCAAGAACAAGUAAACCUUUUAAUUGGAAAAUGUUUCCUUGGGCUUCGUUCCUUCGACUGAACUACAUAAAAAGAACAGGAUUUUCAAAAGUUUCUCAAGGUUAUUCACACCGUAUUUCAAAGCUGAUAUGUCAAGAAGAGCUGUGUGAAGUUGAAAAGCAAACUAAUAGCUUUGUAUUGUUUAAGGUAUUAUUUUCCCUCAUUUUCUCCCCGUGUUCUCAAAGUUUUGGAUUUUUGCCAGGUCAGUGGAUAUUAGUAAUUAGAUUAUGAGGACACUCAGUCCU